AUGUACGAGGACGAGACUAUCCAAGUUACCCUCAAGUAUGACGGGGCUAAGGGCGGGCGACUGAUAUCUGGGAUGACAAGUAAAACCAAGGCCCUUCACGACCUUCUAGCAGAUCUCAAUAUUCUCAGAGCACAUCGUCCAAAAGGUGAAAAUAUCCGUCAGGAAGGUGCUGCGUUCUUCUUAUUAUGGCCUCACCCUGUUCAUGCGCCAAUCCCUCUGGUUGAGGGCACUUUGUACAAACGAUGGGUGUCCAUUUCCAGGGGGAGUCCAGAGCUGGAUGCGGUCAAAAAAGAGCUCUCCAUACUACCGUCCAUCUUGCUUGCAGGAACACGCGGAGCAAAUCUGUCACCAUUGGGACCAAAACAUACAAUAGAGCUGCCGCGGACAGAAGGAAUGAGUCCGCUCGCAGAAAAUUUUCCAUUAUCUUCUACGUCAGACCGUUCUGAUUUACAGAAGCCAGCGUUCACCACGGAAGUAGUUCAAGGGAAGAGACCUCGAAGUGAUUCCAUCAAUGAGCAAAGUGUUCUAUCACCACCUUUUGGGUCAGAUGGUAAUAACGUGCCCUCCUCGACUCCUUUGUUGAAGAGAAUUCGAACCGAACAGCACCUCCCCAUUCAGAACAGUACAGCAGAAGGGAAGCAUACUCUCGACGGCUUUUCAACUGGAGAAUACCGAACCACUCAAGCAGGCGACAAAAUUCCUCAGUCCAGAUACCCGAUAUCCCGGGUGCCACUUAAAACCACCCCUCAACAGCCAUUACUCAUUCCUCCAUAUCACACCAAACCCUUUCCAGGAUCACCCGGCGUGAGCAAUAGCUCCACUCCUACUGGCCCCCGCCCACCAGGAGAUAGAGGGACUAUCAACAGACUAUCGCUCGAGCUGUCAAAGGUCCGCAGUCAGCUAACUACCUUGAAACAUUGUGAGAAAGGGAUAUCGGAAGAGCUUAUUCGUCUUGGUGUUCCCCAGCCGAAGAAUGAAGAAAACAGUACCCUCCUCGCAUGGUCUCAUAUGGAGGCGCGACUGAUACUGCUUGAAAUCGAGUUGCAGCAGGAAAGGACACAGCGUCUCCAUGCUGAACGUAUGCUCAGUGAAGUAGAGAGGGAGUGCAGGGUUCCGUUUGUGGUGCCGGCGUUGUUCCAGGCGUUCUCCAGAAUAUCAGAGCUUGGGCACCAUGAACAAACCAAGGCAAGUGCGCUGUACGAUUAA